AGUUUUGUGCUAGGCAGCAGUUGACACCAGCACUAACAUAUAAUUGAAUUGACGAAAUUAUAGUCCCAAGAGCAUUCUAUAUAAAUAUCGUCCAGAUACACUUUCGACACUUGACUGUAACGUUAAUAUUUAUAAUAAUAAUUAUACCCAGAACAGAUCAGAUAAAGCGUUUCAAUUUACGAAUAUGUAAAUUUCCGACAGUGAUUAGUGAUUUGUUCGUGAGUAUAUAACAUAAAGUAGUGUUCAAAUUACCAGUUGCGCGUAUGACGUCUGGAUGCAGUUCGCGUUUAAAAAAUGCCGCCGGUCGAACAUUCUGAAUUUCAUUACGAACACACCUUGGAUACCAACGGCUUCUGUUGCACCUUAAAUCAAUCAAAUAGUGAGCUCCAAGCCAAGGAAUUGGACGAGUUCUUGUUCUUCGGCAAAAGCGAUUCAGUGCAAAACUUAGGAGAUUGCGGUGGUAACAACUUAAUAGAAAGUUCAGAAAGUGAAAGUUUGUGCAAUGAACCACCUCAAGCCAGCACGGUAUUAAAUCUAGAUUUAAACGAUUUAGAGUACGAAUUUACAAUGCUAACAGAAAAAAACUCGCAACAGGUCAUUCUCUCGGAGGAUCUAUCGAAACCAGAAGAGACAUUCUCAGUUUUAGGGGUUGAUUUAGACCUUCUGUACUUCGAUAAUGACACCUUAGAUAAAGAAGACGCCGACAAUGUGUUGGACAUUAACAUUACUGACGGGGAUACAGGUAGUAAAAAAUUUAGUCAACGAAUUGAGGAUUUCUUUUACGAAACCUUCGACUUCAACUUCUUCAACGAAAUGUCGGAAAAUGUGGAAAUCAAUAUUGGUACACCGGCACCUGCAGACCCGGUCCAGAUAAUAAACAUGUUUCCUUACAUAACCGAGGAAAAAAAUAGAAGACGAAGAGCGCUGCUCUACGAAAGUUCUUACAAUCCAAAAGAUAACAAGCACAGAGGUGGUGAUAAAGUCCGUUUUAGCAGCAAAAAACCUGACGCUCUACUGAAUCACGACUACACGCAAAAGAAGGCGGACGACGAUAAGUAUUUCCCGUGCCCGAUACAAACUUGCGACAAAAUCUACGCUAAAUCUUCCCACCUGAAGGCUCACCUGCGAAGGCACUCCGGCGAAAAACCGUUUGCUUGCAAUUGGCAAAAUUGCAAUUGGAGAUUUUCGAGGUCGGACGAACUGGCCAGGCAUACUCGAUCGCACUCGGGCGUUAAGCCCUACAAGUGCGAACUUUGCGAAAAGGCGUUUGCUCGUUCGGAUCAUUUGGCUAAACACAGAAAGGUGCACAAGAAAAAAAUGGCCCAGUACGGAAGCUACAGUAUUAGAAGACGUGUACAAGGAGUUUAAGGCCCAGUAUUUAUAAACAUUUUGCUAAAUUACAGCAGUGCCGUCAUCAUACUUAUCAUAUUAUUGCAUUUAGUGUAUUUAUUUCGUUUCACAUUAAUUAUUUAGCUCGUCAAAAUGUAUUAGAUUAAAUAAAGUGCGUUAC